AUGAAGGAAACCAACAGGAUCCGCAAGAUCGUCCGCCUCAAGCAACUCGUCCAAAGUUGGCGUCACCGCAUCCCCCCAGGCGGCUCGCUUGCGGUUUACGUCGGAGAUGAACAUGAACACCGCCGGUUUGUGAUUCCUAUACGCUUUAUCAACCUGCCUGUGUUCGCCUCCUUACUCAACAAAGCCGAGGAGGCGUUCGGGUUCCAGACAACCAGCGGACUCGUUCUACCAUGUGACGCCAUUUUUUUCAAGAAGCUGUUGCACGUUCUAGAGAGAAACGAGCGUAAAUUUGGUGCGUUGGAUUUGGAUGAUUUUACGGAGAUGUUCUCAGAGUCUUGGCCGUUGAUUGGUUCGUUGUUGUUGUAA